CACUACUGUUGUGUGGUGGGAUGCAGUGGUUAGCAAGUGUUGAGUUGUCGUAGAAGUAGUCACAAAAAUUGUAAACAUUUAACGGGUUAUAAGCUCCUCCGCAUACUUAGCCAUGGAAACGGAUCUGUAUGAUGAGUUUGGAAAUUAUAUCGGCCCAGAGCUGGACUCGGACGAGGACGAUGAGCUUGAUGCCGAGGACAGAGAUGUGGAUGAGGCAGACGAGGAUGAGGACGAUGAGCAGGGUGAAGGGGAUGACGACGUCCCCGGUAUGGAGGUUGUCCUGCAUGAGGACAAGAAGUAUUACCCCACAGCAGAGGAGGUCUACGGACCUGAAGUGGAGACCAUCGUCCAAGAGGAAGACACGCAACCUUUAACCGAGCCCAUCAUAAAGCCGGUGAGAACCAAACAGUUUACACUGAUGGAGCAGGAGCUGCCGGCAACUGUAUACGACAUGGAGUUCUUGGCUGAUCUGAUGGACAACCCUGAGCUGAUCAGGAAUGUCACUCUGUGUGGUCACCUGCAUCAUGGGAAGACCUGCUUUGUGGACUGCCUGAUCGAACAGACUCACCCUGAAAUCCGGAAGAGAGAUGAUGCAGAUCUCCGUUACACAGACAUCCUUUUCACUGAACAGGAGAGAGGAGUAGGAAUUAAGAGCACCCCAGUCACAAUGGUACUGCCGGACUCGAGAGGAAAAUCAUACCUCUUCAACAUCAUGGAUACGCCAGGUCACGUGAACUUCUCAGAUGAGGUGACUGCUGGGAUCCGGCUUUCUGACGGGAUUGUGCUGUUCAUCGACGCAGCAGAGGGUGUGAUGCUGAACACAGAGCGUCUGAUCAAGCACGCCGUGCAGGAGCGCCUGGCCAUCACCAUCUGCAUCAACAAGAUCGACCGGCUCAUCGUGGAGCUGAAGCUGCCCCCCACGGACGCCUACUACAAGCUGCGGCACAUCGUGGACGAGGUCAACGGCAUGCUCAGCACGUACUCUACAGAUGAGAGUCUGGUGGUGUCUCCUCUGCUGGGUAAUGUGUGCUUCGCCUCCCCCCAGUACAGCACUUGCUUCACUCUCGCCUCCUUCGCCAAGAUCUACUCUGACACCUACGGUGACAUCAACUACACAGAAUUUGCAAAAAGGCUGUGGGGAGAUAUCUACUUCAACCCCAAAACGAGGAAGUUCACUAAGAAGCCCCCCACCAGUAACUCCCAGCGCAGCUUUGUGGAGUUCGUACUGGAGCCCCUUUAUAAGAUCCUCUCCCAGGUGGUUGGUGACUGUGACACGUCGUUGCCGCGCGUGCUGGACGAGCUGGGCAUCCACCUGACCAAAGAGGAACUGAAAGUGAAUAUCCGACCCCUGCUCAGGCUCGUCUGCAACCGCUUCUUUGGGGAGUUCACAGGCUUUGUGGACAUGUGUGUGCAGCACAUCCCAUCUCCACUGUCUGGGGCGCGGGCCAAGAUCGAGCACUGCUACACCGGCGGCCUCGACUCAGACCUGGGGGAGGCCAUGACCGAGUGUGACCCAGACGGUCCUCUGAUGUGCCACACCACUAAGAUGUACAGCACGGAUGACGGGGUGCAGUUCCACGCGUUCGGCCGGGUGCUGAGCGGUACGCUGCAGGCUGGCCAGCCCAUCAAGGUGCUGGGGGAGAACUACUCCCUGGAGGACGAGGAGGACUCGCAGGUCUGCACCGUCGGACGCCUAUGGAUCUCGGUCGCCAGGUAUCAGAUUGAGGUGAACCGUGUGCCAGCUGGAAACUGGAUCUUGAUUGAGGGCUGCGACCAGCCGAUCGUCAAAACGGCCACCAUCACAGAACCACGAGGAAACGAAGAGGCUCAGAUCUUCAGGCCACUGAAGUUCAACACGGCGUCAGUGAUCAAGAUCGCCGUGGAGCCUGUGAACCCCUCAGAGCUGCCCAAAAUGCUGGAUGGCUUGAGGAAGGUCAACAAGAGCUACCCCUCCCUCACUACCAAGGUGGAGGAGUCAGGGGAGCAUGUGAUCUUGGGAACAGGUGAGCUCUACCUGGACUGUGUCAUGCACGACCUGCGCAAGAUGUACUCCGAGAUCGACAUCAAGGUGGCUGACCCCGUGGUGACCUUCUGUGAGACGGUUGUGGAGACGUCCUCCCUCAAGUGUUUCGCCGAAACGCCAAAUAAGAAGAAUAAGAUCACCAUGAUUGCUGAGCCACUGGAGAAGGGACUGGCGGAGGACAUUGAGAACGAAGUGGUGCAGAUCACAUGGAACAGGAAGAAGUUGGGAGAGUUCUUCCAGACCAAGUACGAUUGGGAUCUGUUGGCCGCCCGUUCCAUCUGGGCCUUUGGGCCAGACACCACCGGGCCCAACAUCCUGGUAGACGACACACUGCCCUCUGAGGUGGACAAAGCUUUGCUGGGUUCUGUGAAGGACAGUAUCGUACAGGGAUUCCAGUGGGGAACGAGGGAGGGACCGCUGUGUGACGAACCGAUCCGUAAUGUGAAGUUUAAGAUCCUGGAUGCGGUGAUCGCUCAGGAGCCUCUGCACAGGGGAGGGGGGCAGGUUAUCCCCACCGCACGACGAGUCGUCUACUCCGCUUUCCUCAUGGCCACGCCCAGGCUGAUGGAGCCAUACUACUUUGUGGAGGUCCAGGCCCCGGCCGAUUGCGUGUCAGCGGUCUACACAGUUCUUGCCAGGAGAAGAGGUCACGUGACCCAGGACGCCCCAAUCCCGGGCUCUCCCCUGUACACCAUCAAGGCCUUCAUCCCCGCCAUCGACUCCUUUGGCUUCGAGACGGACCUGCGCACGCACACACAGGGCCAGGCCUUCGCAUUGAGCGUCUUCCACCACUGGCAGAUCGUGCCAGGUGAUCCCCUGGAUAAGGGUAUCGUGAUUCGUCCCCUGGAGCCACAGCCUGCCCCCCACUUAGCCCGCGAGUUCAUGAUCAAGACACGCAGACGCAAGGGCUUGAGCGAGGAUGUAAGUAUCAGCAAGUUCUUCGACGAUCCUAUGUUGUUGGAGUUGGCGAAACAAGACGUGAUGCUCAACUACCCCAUGUAAAGAGGCCGAUAUCCCCCAUCCCCAUCCGAAUAGCCCUUCCUCUGGAUCACCCGCCCUUUCUUCUCUCACACACACACACAUUGCAAGUGCAUUGUCAGUCCUCUUUAUUUUUUAUACUGUUUUGUAGAACGAGUGUGGAAAAAUAGUCUUUUUUUUAUAAUUAUUUGUAAUCAGUGGUCAUGAUGUAAAAUUGUCAUUGUCUAAAUAAAAUUGAUUUGAUUGUUA